CUACUCGAAUGAAUAAGUAUAUACGAGCGUAACAUUAAUCACUUCUUCAAUAUUUACUUCGGAAAAGCUCCAGUGUUGCAGCGAAAAACACAGCCGUUAAUUAAAUUUAAGAAAAGAAACUGAUAAGUAAAAAAUUAAGAUAUAUGACGUAUAUAUAUCCCGAUUGAACGGAUUCGAGCGCGUACAGCGAUAUGCAUAGGCAAAAACGUGCCGGCAAACGGUACAGCCAGGUUGACAACUUUUAAAAAAUAAAACUGACGCAAUGCCGCGCACACAAGAAAAAUGAAUAAUUUUCAGUAACACGACGUGCAACAUAACAACAAGCUGAUUGUGAAUAUAGGCUUUGUUAGCGUAGCGUUGUUGCUGUACCGGCGUAUCGGCGUAGCGUUGUUGCCAGGCGGAAGUUCCCGGCACAAUAAUUCAACCAGACUAAGGGCACGUGUGAAAGACAAAAAAGCAAACGGUAGAACAGUAGUGAAGCAGGCGUGUCACGGCACUUGUCGGUGCAUGUAUAGUCUCGAAACAAUGGGAAAAAAAUACGUAAUAACGUUGUUACGAAAUGAGGGUGGCUGUGCCGCAGUCAAAAAAGUGGUCAGCCCAAAUGAAUUGUUCUAUCGAGACACAAAAGAUGAAAUCGUCGAGUGUACGGAAAAAUUUUUGGAUGAAUACGUGAUGAACCCGAACGCGCGAGAAACGAUUCGUUAUCGAGUUACCGGUAAUGGUGAUGACAAGGACAAUAAUGCAGAUUCUUUCGCGAGAGUUCGCAUCGUUGGCUUCCAACAUGAUGAAGAAUCAGAGAAUGGGGCCGAGAACCAGGAGAACGAGACGCUGGGGCGUGGGAAAAGAUUAAUGAGGAAAAAAAUUGACAUGAACACGCCGGACAUACUCGUUGUGAAAAGAAAUUGGGAAUCAAAGAAAGCGCUGCUUGUAUGUAGCCAAGAGAAUAACGUUAAGGAAAUCAGAAAGCAGCACUUGAGGAAGAAGAGAGAACUCGAUAAGGCAAAGGGGAUCGCCGUGGAAAAUGCUUUGGAGAAGCUCGAGAUGAACAGCACUGAAAUACUACCGGUGUACAUCGAUAACGACAAAGAAGAAGCACCUCAGUUGCCGAUGAUCGACUUGCGUUGUGGAACGGGGAGCGAAGAAAUCACGGAAGCGCGCAACGGAGAAUCGCGUCCCGGAAACAGCGACGAUGAAAAUGUGAAGGAGGUGGAACAAAUAGAGCACGCGGAAUACGACGACAGUACCGUGGCGGGAAGUGAGGGAAUAGAUACCGGUAAUAAGGUGUUGCCGCCAACGGAAUUGAAGACCGAUGGUAUGGAGGACGGCCAAUCUGAAGAUCGUAAUAAAAUUGCAACUGACUUACAGGAAGAAAGGGAUAUCGCCGUGAGUUUAUCGCAUGGUUCCCACACGGACGAUAAUAAUAGCUUGGGGUACAUCGAAGACCCUUCUGACAAAAAAAGAGUGGUUACUCUUCAAAUGGAGAGCGAACUUUCGGAAAAGAUUUUCAUUUCGACCGACGUAUUGGCACCGAACGAUGAAGAGAACGGAGAAAAAGGGGAUUCUGAUGAUGCUCCCAGUAAUACGUACAGCGAUAUCGGUAAAGUCAUAGCCAACAAUGCAGAUCAUCCGAACAGGGACACACCAUCAGUUACGACAUACGAACUUACCGGUAAUGAGGCCUCGCCACGAAAGGGGCAUGACCUCGAUGAAGAAAGACGUACUGAGAAAUUGAGAAAUCCGACGACGAUCGAAACUCGAUCAGACAAAACAGUCAGCGUACGUACUUCGACAGACAUAGGAAAAUCCAAAACGGGCGUCUCAACUCCUGUUCACGAUAUCCGUGACAGCGGGCGUACCUCCAAGAACAUCCCGAAAGCGAACAAGAGAAUCGUGGUGAAAAAAGUGGAAUCGUACCCCGGGACGAGCGCAAAAUCUACUUCAAUGAGAAUAGCAAAUAUCGCGCAACAAGGCAACAAUGGAAAAAUUACGAAAUUACAAGAGACUCCGAUGCGGCAGGUCACGUCACUCGCCGCCAGACAUUUAGGAAUGAUUCUUUCGGAAAGCCAAAGUAUUGAAGGAGCAGGGAAAGUAAAGACGUUGGGAAAGGAAGGGAAUCGGUCUUAUGACAAGUGCGUGGGCAAUGAGAGCAUCGGAACCGUUCUGGAUAAAGAUACUGAAAAAGAAAAAGUCUUCGAGCAAUGGAAAAAAAAGAAAAAUGCCGCAACGGGAAAGAACAACGUGAAAAAACCGAAAAGAGCGUGCGAUGUUGCUCCGAGGGAUGCUUCUCAAUCAAAGUUACCGGUUAUCAGCAAAGGAAUGGAGAAGGCGACGAAAAAAAUAAUGCCGCCGUUCAGUGAACCGGGAACAUCAUCCGUGCAGCAGGAAAUGGGGAAGGGUACAGCGACUAGGAGGAGAAAUAAGACGAAGAGAGAGGACCUUUUCGAGUUCGAAGACAGUGAGGAAGAUGUACCCAAACCGGCAAAGAAGCUGAAAAAAAAAUUGUUGCCGGUACCAGCGAAACUUAAAGAAAGGAGAUUGUCUCAUCAAAACAAGACAAAAUCAGUUCGAGGAAAAGAACAGGCGAGAGGCGAAAAAACGCAUAGUCAACAUGGGCGAACCGUUGUCGACAGCUCCAGUGACAGGGAAACUUUUGAGGAUGAGCAAGUAAUAACUGCAAACAGUCUCGCGUCUUCUGAAAGGCGCAUGGAAACGAUACGGGAAAUGGCUUCCGAAUUCAACAUCUUGAUCAAGCAAAUGAACAUAUUUGCCAAAAGGUUAAAAAACUUGUGCAAAGAAGGAAGCAGUGACGAGUCACAUUUCGAGAUAACCGGCCUAGAGGAUGAAAAUGUUGAUGAAAUCGAAGUAGCUCCGAACUGGCAGUUACCCCGAGAGACUGUUGCAAGAGCAAUAGUCGCUAACAGUAUGAGUAAUCGACUGGGCAUUCUCAUGAGAAGCUUGUGGAAUGAAAAAACGAGGAAUCAAUUAACAACGAAGAAAGAUGGCAAAGGGGACGCCGGACGGAAGCGGGUGUCGAAAGACAGCGCAAUAUUAUUAAGGAAUGCAUGUUACAACCUACAGAGUUAUAAAAAAUUACCGUUAGAUCAAGUGAAGACCGUUGAAGAUACGAUGAAAUCGAUAAGCCAAAAAUUAUCGUAUAACCGGUACAAUCUGAUACGCCAACAGAAGCGAACAAUGCCAAAACAGACUGUACAGGAAGCAGCAUUGAAAAAAACUGAAAAUACAAGCGAUGAUUCUGACGCGAGUAUCAACGACGACAACGAUCACGACGAAGGAGAAUCAGAAGUCGACAUGGACGACGACAGUGGCAGUAACUGAAAUGCCCGCGACCAAAGAGUUUUGUUAAAGUAUUCUAUAGCGUACCGGUAACGUAUGCGUGAUAAUAAAAUAAGGUUUUCAAAAAGCACACAAUCAUAACGAUACGUAGCGGCAUAUAUGUAUACAAAUAAAUGUGUACUUACACUGUGGCGGCCUCCGUAAUCGUAAUUAGUAUGUCCACACGGCUUGACCAGCCGUCACUUUUCUGCACGAGUCACACCUCACACACAUGCACAUUAACUCACUCGUUCCAUGAUAGGCACCACGAGCGUGUCUAUGCAGGACUUUCUUUCAGCGUCGCGUUGUUUGCGUUUAUUCAGAGCAGUGAAUAAUCGGUUACGAAGUUGAUCACACACUCGUCGCGCCAUCGUUUAAUUUUCCCUGCCUCGUAUAUUCUCGUAUCUUGUUUUUCUGUUUUAUUGAACUUUUUGGCGUUUUCGGCGCGCUAUCGGUUAUUCACAACUAAAAUGGAUUCCCACCAGCUACCGGUAAAUGUCGAGGAACGACCUAUUUUCAUUGGGUUAUGUCGACCUUGCAUAUGAGAAGAAGAUGUGAUAAAAUAUAUUGCGCCGCGGCAUGCAUAAUGUUUCGCACAAGAUGUAUAGUUCCCGUGUUUCAUUUUCUACUUUUACAGGAUGAUGAGUCCAGUACCGGUCGAAAUUUGACAUCUGCUUCCAAAUUUUCGAAAUUCGGAAAGCAACUCAUAAUCUGCCGGUGAUCCCGGAACGUUAUCGGUAUCGAAAACUGGUCGUUUGGAAUCGGAGGAAUCAGUCGGCUUCAUACAUCGCAUCGAACCUUUCCGCAAUCUCUUUGGCCUUGGGGCUGGAGUGGUCCAACUCAAAGUGGUAUCACGGAUUUCUGUUUCUAUUUUUGAUUCAUUUCAUAACAUUGGUGCACUAGUCACAUUCUGGUGAAGCGAGCGAUACUCUGGAUGAUGCUCUUCUAGAUGUCGUGGAAAACGUCACGAGAGUCAUACAACACAGCGAUACAAAGGUACACAGUUUGAUCUGUGACUCGGAGAUGUCGUCGACUCAAUGCAUUCCGUUGACACUAGCAUUGUUAAGAAAUUGACAUAUAAAACUUUUCAAAUUGUGGAAAGCAAUGGCAUGUGGCGCAAUUGGCUGACAAAAAGUGAAAGAAAGAUUUAAUGAUAAAUGCAACUAGUGAAAUAAAUAUUUAAUGAGGAAUUUCGUAAAAUUUAAUUUGAUUUGAAUUAGAUGAAUUUGAUUUCGUAGGAUUUAAAGAAUAAGCAUCUUUGCGUUGUCCCUGUGGAAAAGGGGGCGAAUAAGAAGACAAAGUAUAAAAGUAAUGAAUAUACUGGUAAUUUCUCUAUGAAUGAAAUAAUCAUGUCGACGCAUUUGUAUCGCAAGAUCACGUGAGCGUGUACCCUUAACUUGAUAAUAUAUUUACGUGACAGUUUA